AUGGCCAUAACAAAGAAACUCUUGCCAAAUGCCAUUCUUCUCUUUUGCGUAGCGUUGGCCUCUUGUGAUAAGCGCAGUUCCAUACGCCCCGGUCGUAGAAGAUACUCCAAUGAAAAAAUCUUCAACGUCGUACAAUUUGGUGCAAAAACUGAUCCAGAAAAGGAUAAUGCACUAGCUUUUAUUCAGGCAUGGAAUGCUGCAUGCAACUGGAAAGGGAAGGCAAGGGUACUUGUCCCGAAGGGGGCUUUCGUAGCCUCUUCCAUGGUUUUUGGCGGACCAUGCAAAAAUAAAGCUCCCACUGUUUUUCAACUUGUAGGAACUCUCAAGGCAGUAUCAAAUUUGAGCAGCUAUGCAGAAGAUUUUUGGAUGAUAUUCCGAAAUGUAAAUGGCUUGGUGAUUACUGGAACUGGCACCGUCGAUGGCCAAGGCCCUAAUGUAUGGAAAUAUAACGAUCACGGAGACGGAGGCAGAGUUUUUCCAGCAUCCAUUAAGUUCCAUCGUGUGAGAGAUGGAGUUAUAAGGCAAGUCAGUUCUGUUAACCCCAUGGGAUUCCACAUCGGGAUUGUUCUCAGCAAGAAUAUUACAGCCAAAAGUCUCCAUUUAACAGCUCCUGAAGAUAGCCCCAACACUGAUGGUUUCCAUAUCAGCCAAUCCAAUCAAGUUAAAAUAGCUACAAGUGUCAUUGCUACUGGAGAUGAUUGUGUCGGAAUGAUUCAAGGAAGUACCGACAUUAGCAUCAAGGAAGUGACCUGUGGUCCCGGACACGGCAUCAGUAUUGGUAGUCUUGGGAAGUACCCAGAUGAGAAGGAUGUGAAAGGCAUCCUUGUGACAAACUGCACGCUAAGGAACACCGAAAAUGGAAUCAGAAUCAAAACAUGGGCAGGAUCACCUCCAAGCCAAGCAACAGCCUUGACUUUCCAGGACAUCGUUAUGCAUAACGUUAGAAACCCCAUCAUUAUUGAUCAGUCCUACGGAUCUAACUCAAAUAAGCCAUCAAAGGUACGGAUCAGCGAUGUUAAAUACAUAAACAUCAAGGGAACCACAAGCUCAGAAGUUGGAGUGAAUUUUGAGUGCAGCAAGCAGUUCCCCUGUCAAAGAGUUCAUUUGGCAAACAUCAAACUGGAAUAUACAGGUGAUAAAAAACAAGCUCUCUCUGCUACAUGCCAAAAUGCAAGAGUAAGCUACGCAGGCAUUCAAUUCCCACCGCCGUGCCGAUGAGGGCCUAACUUGGCAGUCUUAAGCAUCGUUUUUAUCACUUGGUAGAGCUGACGUGCAACGCGAUGGAGCUUUUGGAUCUAAUAGAAAUUAAUUUUACAUACACUUCAUAAGCAUCAUUGCAAAAAUAUUUUUG